AUGAUCGGACUCCUCAGCUCCCCCGUCGAGGCAGCAAUCAAGACGCCAUGGGGCGAGCCCUUCAAACCGAUUGACCCUCAAGAAUGGGUGAAUCCGGACGACAUGACCUGGGACGACUACAAAGCACCGCCCGGUACUCAAUGGAACGACCCUUCCAAGAAAGGCGCCAGCCGCAACUUCAACAUUGCCCUGAUAGCCGUAGACUACUCAGACGAGACCUUUGUCGUCACGCGAGAGCCCAACUCGACCGUGUUUGGCAAUCCCUUGCCACUCGUGUCCGGCAUCGGUAGAGACGACGUGCCGGCCUACUAUCGCGACCUGCUCAACAAGCCUGGCGAUCUCAACCGUGGCCACACGCUGCACGAGUACUGGAUGGGCGAUUCACAUGGCCGAUACGGCGUCGACUUGACAGCCUUUGGUCCCUAUCGCAUGCCUCGUCUGUCGUACGAAUACGGCGUAGACAGUGGCUUCAACCCUGGAGCAUGUCCCGACGACGCCUGCGACCAGGACAUCCGAACAGACGCCUUCGCAGCAUGGCGCGCUGAAGUGGGCAACGAUACCAGCAACUCGUUUGAGCUGGUCUUUAUCCUCUCCGCGGGACAGGACGAGUCGUCUACUUGGCAAGAGUUUGGCGAGAUGAGGUUCUCGUCUCCCGAGGACGUUCCCGCAGAGUUUGGUCCUCCCCAGAGUGCCAAUGGCACGUCGCUGCCGAACUAUGCAGCGACGAGAUAUGUGCCUUGGACGUCGUGGGCAUCGGCAUCCACCAUCUGGCCAAACGCCGGCGGCGGAUCGUCGACUCAGUGCGAGAGUUCCGGUAUGGGGACGUAUGCCCACGAACUCAGCCACUUGCUAAACAUUGGCGACAACUACAACAACCCGUACGGCAUCCCGCUGCGACGAUCCUAUACCGGCCCGUUCUCAAUGAUGUCCCGCGGGUCGUUCAAUGGGCCUGGCGGUCCGCAUACGCGGUAUCAGAUACCGGCGCUUCAGGGAGGUUCUCUGGGCUCUCUGCACACGGUCCGAGACAAGCUCGUGCUGGGGCUCAUCUCCAACGACAGCAUAGUCCGUAUAUCGAGAGACGCUCUGGCAGAAUCGGGCCCGGUCGUGGCGACAAUCACGGCGCGAUCCGUCGUGUCGGACCUCAUCGGCCUGCGAGUUGACAUGGACCAGGACCGAUCACCGGCAUGCAACAUCUCCACCGACGUCUUCUGCGACGGAGGCCGUUACAACAUGUACGACAUCGAGGUGAUUGACCGGAUGGGCGCCGAUUCGUUCCAGCCCGAUUCCGGCGUCAUGAUCAGCAAGUCCAAGACCAGCAACAGCCAGCCCUUCCAGUGGACCAUCGACGCCAAUCCCCAGGACAUUGGGCUCGUCGACUUUAUUCGGCCAAAUGGAUCUGCCGCCAUGAUCACCCUGGGCGACUACCGACAACUUGCUGAUGCGCUGUUCCACGCCGGCACCGGCUCGGGCAGCAAGUACGAGUAUGUGGACGAGGCAAACGGCCUGCACUUUUACAUCCUCGACGUCCACCGUGACGAAGUCGGGGUCCUCUCUUACACCGUCGGCGCGCGAUCUCUGACCGACAAGAGCGCGAGUGAAUACGGCAUCCAGCUGACGUCCGGAGUCCCCUUUGCCUUUGGUGGAAAGGCCACACCAACCACCGGGGGCGUCUUUUGCGAAUUCGAACUCACAAACAACGGCACGUACGCCGGGUCCAGCGAGGGCCGUGCACAAGUCCAGGCAGAGCACGUCCAGUGGGAGAUUUUCCGCUUGGAGACCGAGGUCAAGGGCGCUGGGUGGAGGGCGGCGCUGCCAAACGCCGUGAUUCCCGUGAGGUUUGGAGAGACGGCCAAGGCGUAUGUGGCGGUUGGUGCGGAGGCCCAUGCAAAGGACAGAACGGGGGUUGUGACGCUGAGGGCGAGGUCAGAGUCUGAUCCGAGUGUUGUUGCGACGGCGACGUGCAAGGUGAAGAAGAGUUCGUGUACCUAG